AUGGCGAGGAUUUGCUUUCUAUUUGCUUGUGCUGUCUUCUUUAGACUCACGACAGCUCACGGAGGAGUAAGCAACUAUACUGUGGGAAGCACCUGGUAUCGAGGAUAUAGUCCUGAAGAAACCCCAGAGGCCCAAGUUGGCCAGCCGUGGCUUAUUAACAGACCAUGGGCAGCCAUCGAACCCAUCUACGAUCCAAUGUCAUUGGCAAUUACGUGCAACUCCCCAGGCACACCAGCAACAUCAAGUAUCCCGAUCAGAGCAGGCCAGAAUAUCUCUGCAAUUUACUAUUAUUGGCUACACAACGUCGGACCCGUUGUAGCAUGGAUGGCAUCUUGCAACGGACCAUGCAGCUCGCCUUCCUUCAACGCUAGCAACGCAGACUGGUUCAAAAUUGGUCAAAAAGGAUUAUUGUCUGGCACUAUAGUCGAAGGAAUGUGGUUCCAGCACGAAUUCCAAGAUUGGUCUGGGGCGCCGAAUGUUUGGACGGAAACGAUACCUAAAGAUCUGAAGCCAGGGGAAUAUCUCAUUAGACAUGAGAUAAUCGCACUACAUAUCGCGAAUCAACCUCAAUGGUAUCCAGAGUGCGCUCAUCUCAAAGUUAGUGGAAAGGGAAAGAAGGUGCCGGGGAAGAAGUUUCUUGCAAAGCUACCUGGCGCUUACAGUUUGAGUCAGCCUGAGAUUGGAAUCGAUAUUUAUUCUGAUGAGUGGUACAAUCGAACAACCUACAAUAUUCCGGGGCCACCAGUUUGGAAUGGGGAAUAG